AUGUAUUUCGGGAAAAAAGGGCCGGUAUUGGGGGUCGGGGGCGUUGGUUAUAAUGGUAUUAUUGCUGGCUUUGGAGCGGUCGGUAACCGUUCCGCCGCUUACGGGGCUGUUAGCGCCGCUAGCAGCCGCGCCGAAAGCGCGUUCGCGCGCGGACAUAUGUUCGGUGGCAAACCGGGGGCGAGGAAUUUGAAUUUAAUCUACAAUUUUUACCGCAUUAAUAUUUUUUUGCCCAAAAAACGGGUACGGCAUAUUUAA